AUGAGUGGCCCGGGCUCAAUCUUACUUGGCCUUAAACCAAAAGAUUCCCCAGGUCAUUUAGGUACGGCAGGAAACGGACGAAACAUAGAAAUAAUGGAACUAGAUAACGAUUCUUCGAAUGGAUCAACCGAGUUUGAAAUGAGUACAUCUGUUCAGCCCUGCAUCAUGCUCCCGAAGAGAAAGCCGGGUAAAACAUGCUGA